AUGAGUGAUCCCAAAAUCGUGGCGGCAAUUGCGAGCGGCAAGGUGCCCAAGGAGAUCAGCGAGGCGUUCCUCAGCGAGAGCAAGGACCAGCCGGCGAUCAUCGCCAUCGUCAUCGUCGCGAUCCUGACGAGCUUCGUGGUGCUUUCCCGCCUGGCGUCUCGCGCCUUUGUCGUCAAGCGCGUGGGCAUUGACGAUGGCCUCGCCCUGGCGUCUCUGUGCUGCUUCAUCUCAUUCGUCGCCCUCUGCAUACACCUGAUCCGCCUCGGCUCCGGCCGCCACUUUGCCUACAUCCAGUACAUCCUCGACAACGACACGAUGCUGCUCACCCAGCUGCUCGACUUCAUCGCCCACAUCAUCUACACCGUCGCGCUGCUGCUGUGCCGCGUCUCCGGUCUCGCCUUUUACUGGCGGCUGUGCAAGAUGCACAGCCGCUUCAAGCUGGUCAUCCAGGUGGUCUUUGGCGUGCUCAUCGCUGGCUUCCUGCCGCAGGUCUUGUUGAUCGUCUUCCACUGCCGGCCGGUGACGGGCUGGUGGCCGUACGACUUCCAGCCCGAGUUUGACCGGUUCGUGUGCCUGCAGUGGGGGCUGGUGUACAGCGUCAACUCGGCGGUGUCGCUGCUCUGCGACCUGCUCAUCUUUGGCAUCCCGAUCGCGAUGCUGUGGACGCUGGAGAUGAGCCGCAAGAAGAAGAUUCAGCUGGGGUCCAUCCUGCUCCCGGGUAUCCUCGUCAUUGCCAUUUCCAUCACGCGACUGAUUCUGGUCAUUCGCGGGCAAUGGGAGGCUGAUAUGUCCUGGGAGUACAACCCCAUGCUCGGCGUCGAGGUUGCCGAGAUUGGCGCCACGCUGAUCGCGCUGUCGGUGCCCGGCGUCAAGCCCGUCUUUGACAAGUUCGUGCUGGGCAAGAAGGACGCCAGCUCCGGGUCCGGGUCCACGAGCCACCGGACGCGCAACAACAAGACGAAUGACUCGAACGCGACCAAGCUUGGCACGCUGCGGCAGCGGAGCCAGCACCUCACCAGCCAGGACGAGAUUGACGGCGGUGGCGGCGCCGGCUACGGCACGGCGGUGAGCGCGAGCCACUCGCCGAGCACCGACGACUUUCACAGCGCCAAGUCGACGGACGGCAUCUACGUCAAGGUGGACUUUGAUGUUCGAGAAGGACGGCCUCAUGCUCUGUGA